AUGGCGACUACAGACGACGAGAAGCAUCCCAAAUUCGAGGCCCCGGGAUCUCCUGACGUGGGAUCCCAGGACUUCGUCGAGAAUGCCGAUGGCCUGCAGCGACGCCUUAACAAUCGGCAAAUCCAGCUCAUCGCCAUUGGUGGCUCGAUUGGUACCGCGCUGUUCGUCAGUAUUGGAGGCGGACUGUCCACCGCCGGCCCGGCCAGCCUGUUCCUGGCCUACCUCUUUUACUCGAUGGUUCUUGGACUGGUGAACAACUCGCUCGCGGAGAUGACCGUCCUUAUGCCUGUAUCCGGAGGGUUCAUUCGGCUGGCCGGCCACUGGGUCGAUGAUGCUUUGGGAUUCAUGGCUGGCUGGAACUUCUUCUUGUACGAAGCUCUGCUCAUUCCUUUUGAGAUCACUGCGCUCAAUCUCGUCAUCUCCUUUUGGGACGAAAACGUCACCAAGCCAGGCCCGACCGCCGGUAUUUGCGCCGCCGUUAUUGUCUGCUAUGCUCUGCUAAACGUUCUUGCCGUCAGAGCCUAUGGUGAGGCGGAAUUUUACCUGUCCGGAGGAAAGGUAAUUCUCAUCUUUAUGCUUUUCUUCUUCACCUUUAUCACCAUGGUCGGCGGCAAUCCGAAUCACGAUGCCUUUGGCUUUCGAUACUGGAAUAACCCUGGAGCCUUCGCCGAGUAUCAUUCGCACGGCGCCCUCGGCCGCUUUGAAGGCUUCUUGACAGCCCUCUGGAGCGCAUCCUUCGCCGUUGUCGGACCCGAGUACAUCUCCAUGGUGGCAGCCGAAGCUCAGCGACCCCGUGUCUACAUCAAGACGGCCUUCAAGACCAUUUACAUCCGCUUCGGCAUCUUCUUCAUAGGCAGCGCUCUGGCAGUCGGCAUCAUUCUUCCUUACAAUGACAAGACGCUGGCCGAUCUCAACAAUGGCGGAAAGGGUAGCGGCACGGCAGCGGCUUCGCCAUAUGUCAUUGCCAUGCAGAACAUGGGUGUCUCGGUGCUACCGCACAUCGUGAAUGCGCUGAUGAUGACAUCCAUCUUCUCGGCCGGAAACACUUACACCUACUGUGCCACGCGAUCACUGUACGGUUUGGCUCUCGAUGGCCGAGCCCCUCGAUUCCUCCGCAAGUGCACGAGCAAGGGCGUCCCCAUCAACGCCUUUUUGGUCGUCAUGUGCUUCCCAUUCCUGUCCUUUCUUCAAGUCGGCAACGGCUCCGCCAUCGUGCUUACCUGGCUCGUGAGCCUGAUUACCGCCGGUGGCAUCAUCGACUACCUGGUCAUGUCCAUCACGUACCUCUGCUUCUACAGAGCGUGCAAGGCCCAGGGCGUUGACCGAAAGACAUUCCCGUACUUUGGCUGGGGACAGCCCUACUGCGCCAUCAUCGCGCUUGUCUUCCAGCUUCUCGUCGUUGGAGGAUACGGAUACAAGGCGUUUAUGCCCUGGGACGUCAAGGCCUUUUUCCAAAACUACACCAUGCAACUGUUGGCGCCGCUCCUCUUUAUCUUCUGGAAGGUGCUGAAGCGCACCCGGUUUGUCCGACCCAGCGAGCUUGACCUCGUGUGGCAGCGGCCCACGAUUGACGCCUACGAAUCGCAUUUCAUGGAGCCUCCGGAGGGCUUCUGGAGCGAGAUGCUGCAGCUGGUCAGGCUCAAGCGCAACAAGAACGCGGAUAGCCUGAUGGCAUGA